AAGUUCAUAGUCCAUCGAUCUACAUGCAUUGAUAAAUUUCAGCCCAAUGUGGGCCCUUUUGUGUACAUAACCUAACCUCUCUCAUGCAGAAAAAUAUGAAUAAAAUCUAAUAUCGACCGAUCGUUGAACUUUAACAGUAUUUGGUUUGAAAUAAAGCCAUGCAUCAUUAUCUAAUGGGAAUCACUUUACAAUAAAUGACUAGUGGAUGGACCGAUCAUCCACACCUGGUCGAAGGAAUGAGCGCCUAAACGAAGAAGCCGAAAUAGAAGAACAAUCAAGUUACCUGAGGAAGCUUACCCUGGCACUGGGGACGUCCAUCGAUAUACAUUGUGAGGCGCACUUCUUGUGUUGGAUUGCAUAGCUCAGUACUGUAAGAAAAUAAUAUGGCACCAAAGAUUACGCUGAUCACGGGUUGCUCGUCGGGCAUUGGUUUAGCUACAGCUGUAAAGCUUGCCCGGGAUGCAGCGAAAGGGUACGUGGUCUACGCUACAAUGAGAAACCUUGCCAAGAGGAAUGAGUUGGAGAAGGCUGCUGAGAAUGUACUCAAUACUACGCUAUUCGUUCUCGAGAUCGAUGUAACGAAACACGACACGAUUACGACUGCGAUCAGUACUGUGAUAGAGAAACACGGUCGUUUGGAUAUUCUAGUCAACAAUUCUGGAGUGGGUAUUUAUGGUCUUCUCGAAAACACUACCUUCGAUCAGAUCAGGAUGGUCAUGGAAACAAACUUCUUUGGAGCAGUGAAGUUGACCCAGGAAGUGAUUCCUGUCAUGAAGAAGCAGAGGUCAGGUCGUAUAAUCAACAUCAGCAGUACCUGCGGUAUAUUCGGUAUCCCUUACAUGGAGAUCUACUGUGCCUCUAAAUAUGCAAUGGAGGGGUUUUCCGAGAGUCUUGCCGCGACCCUGAGACCUUACAAUAUUUGGGUGACGACUAUUCAACCUGGUCCCGUCCAUACCAAGUUUGGGGAGAACAUCUCGGUCAAUAAUCUUUCGACUUCUGACACUCCACGUCAACUUGACCCUAGCGACCUGUUUCGACGAUCAGCCGAGAAAAGCUCUUCAGUUCUUAAGCAAUCGGGAGAGUUCGAUGAUAAUCCACAGAAACCUGACGACAUAGCUGAUGUUAUCCACAAGGCAAUAACAGAGGAUAGGCCUCAUUUCCAAUAUCCGACUAGUGAAUUUCGCAUCAAAUACGCGGCCAAGAAGUUCGUCAACCCAUCUAACGAUGCGAUGGUCGACUACUUUGCCGACGCGUGUACCCCAUGAGAAACACUAAAAGUAAAUUAUCAUUUCAUAUCUAAAUAACAUAGCUUUUAUGCAGCUAAGAUAUUACAUAAUAUAGUUAUUACAUUGCAUAAAUGCAUAUCGACUUCAUUCUCCGCACAAAGGUACUUUAUUCAUUCAUUAACUUGUUUAUCUGCAAAAUUGUAACGUUUAUAAAAGUAGAAAAACCAAAAUAUAUUUCAAAAGAAAAAUAAAUGAUCAGAUAAUUGGAUUGAUAUAUGAUAAUGCUAAAUGCCAUUACGUCAUGUACAAAAUAUAUUUAAAAAAAGAAUAGUGGCCAACUUCUCACUCUAUUCUUGUACCUUUAUACUUCCUAUUCAUCCGCCAUCGUGGUUAUUGAAUUGUCAUUGCAUUUAUAUUGUCAUAUAAGUUGCAUAUUGAGCUAACUCUACCUCAUGAAUAUAAAGCACCCAUCCAUCCUAUCAGGGCAUUCUCCCCUUUUUCUUUUUUUUUCUUCGAGGGGGGGGUGGGG